UGGCGGCAUUAGUGUUGGGCUAUCGACCAAAACACAUGACGACUGUCGUAGACAAUGUUGGCCCCAGUCAAGUACUGGCUAACGGAGUGUGGGGCUUUAGUCAUAACUGGGAUGUAAUCUUGGAACAAUAUGGAGUACCAUUCAUGCACGGUUGCAUACGUUUCCUAUACUCGAUUUAUGUGAGGCUCACUUUUACAAACACGGCAAUAUUCCUUAUCAAAUAUGUGCCAACUGGAUUGUAUAUGUACAAAUUAAUUAAAAGAAUUUAUGUAACUUCGAGAGAAAGAAUCAAACAGAAACAAAUAGAAUUGGAGGAUAUACAGCUGCAGAUCCAAAUAGCGAAGACGAAGUUGUGCGUGCGUGAUGCGGAAAUGACGGAGCGCGUGGAGGAACUGCGGCGCGGCGUUGAGCGGCUGCGGCGAGUGCGUGCGCGGGUGCGUGGUGUGAUCGCGUCCGACGACGCGUUACGGCAGACACUACACGUCGUGCACGCUCACGCCGAUACUAGCCCCGACGAAGAUCGAGACUUUAUAGCAGAACUGCUGAAAGAUUUGAAAUGCGACCAAGUAGCGAUUUCAGAGAGACAACCUGAGAACUUGGAGUGUGGGGAGCAUGUACAGACCGAAACCAACACGUCUGAGAACAGCGUCUACUCGUCGGCGAGCGAUGUGGAAGUACAACAGGAUUAUCGAGUCAAGAUCGUCAGGGUGACCAAUGUAUAUAAAGUCGCAUAUCUAAAGCACUAUAUUAAACAGAAGAGACUACGUCGCGCGACUAAACAAGCGCUGCUGAAGAAGAAGAUGGAAAGCAUAAAGAAACUUCUGGAAGAUUGGCAGAAGACGCUCAACAUGGUAAUCAAUACCAAACUGACGCUACUGAAUAUGGAUUCUCACGUUGACGCCGCCUCACAAGAGGCCAUGGGAGAUUUUUCAAAGCCCAAUUUAAGAGAAUCUUCAGAUUCCGACAGCGAUUUUAAGAAUGGAACAGAAAUGUGCAAUGAUGAAUAUGGUCUGAGUUGGACUCAGCAUCCCUAUCGUAACUAUGCUUAUGAGGAUAUCCCACAGACCGCCGUAUCUCGGGAAUUUUACGAUACUCAAGGGUUCGUCGCCGAUUCAACAUUCCCAUUUUGUAAUUAUGCGAAAUCAAGCAAACUUUGUACACUAAUGGAAGAAACAACGAGUCAAGUGGCUAUUGAGGAGAUAAAACACGAUGACGACGAAGAUAGUGUUUGCCAGGAACUUGAGAUAUAAUCUUUGGAUUAUUUAAUUCUGAAAAUAACAUUUAUUGCGAUUAUUAUUAUAUUUUUUAUCAUAAUUUAUA